CAACUAUUUGAUCCGGAACAUCUUUAGAGAUACCGAAAAUGAGAAUCCAGCUUGGUCUAGAGAGUCUCUUGGCGAUUGGCGCCUUCUGUACCCACUGUGCUGCUCAAACCUUCCAGAGGCUUGGAACAUGUCCAACAUUGGGUUGUAUUAUUCCACCUGACCAAGCCGACUUCCUCCCAGGCCAACGGUUUGACAUCAGAGCCGAGGUGCACGCUCCCUUGAACGGAAGUGAAGCAAUUCGUGGCUACACCACUCCCGAUCCCAACUUCACUCUGACCAUCGAGCGCGAGGGCGGGAAUUCUCAACCAGUCUCAGCCUUUUUCAAACUCACAGAACCAAAGCUCGAGACCUGGAACUUCACUUGGUACGAAGAUCUGUUUGCUCAAGCCGCCAAAACUCCGUCACAGGUCAGAGUUGCGUCCAAGGCAUGGAGAAAUGUUGCUCUGUAUGAGCCAGGGCAAUAUAUUGCGACAUUGAAGUAUCGUAAUGGCUCACAGACGACGAUUGCCAAUUGGACAGUCCGGGAUAUAGCUCCUCGACAACGGGCCAAGAACGUCGUCAUGUUCAUCGGCGACGGCAUGACCACUAACAUGAUUACUGCUGCUCGCCUCAUUGGCCAUCAAUCCAUCAACGGCAAGUAUCAGACCAAAAUGGCCAUGGACCAGUUUCCGAUGCUGGGUCAUCAAAUGACGCACUCAAUCGACAGCUUCAUCACGGAUAGUGCCAACUCCGCCACCGCUCUCUACUCUGGCCAUAAAUCUACUGUCAACGCAUUGGGGGUCUAUGCUGACAGCUCCCCCAACAAGUUCGACGACCCAAAGAUUGAAAGCAUCGCCGAAUUAUUCCACCGUCUCAGAGGCGGAGGGGUUGGAAUUGUCUCCACCGCUUUCAUUGCCGAUGCGACUCCUGCCGCACUGACCGCUCAUACACGGGAUCGAGGUCAGUAUGGAGCAGUCGUUGACUCUUUCCUCAGAGGCAUUACAAACUAUACCUGGACCAACUGGACGGGUCCUGAUGUGCUCUUUGGUGGUGGCGCUGAACAAUUCUAUCCGGGCAAAGGUUCCUUCCAGGGUAAAGACUACUACCAGGAGUUUGCCAAUCAGAACUACACCGUCGUUUUGAAUAACACCGCGCUCCAGGCCUCAGACAACUCAAGCAAGCACCUUGGAAUUUUCUCGGUCAACAACAUGGCAAAGUGGCUCGAUCGAAAUGUCUACCCAGAAAAUCUGAACAGGUCUAGCACUGCUCCCGAUGGCUCUAAAGGUGCCGCUACCGACCAACCCGGCCUCAAAGAAAUGACUCUCAAGGCUCUCGAAGUUCUCCAAACGCGCCAUGGCGACGAAGGCUUUUUCAUCAUGUCCGAGGCCGCUAGUAUCGACAAGAUGAUGCAUGUGCUCGAUUAUGACCGCGCCCUGGGCGAACUCCUAGAACUUGACGACACAAUCAAAGCCACGAUCGCCUGGCUCCAAGAUGCGGGCGAGCUGGAAAACACACUCAUCCUCGUGACUGCUGACCACGGGCAUGGGUUCGACGUCAUGGGGUCUGUCGACACUAAAUAUCUCAAUGCCCAGCAGGCACCUCGCGAGAAGCGUGGCGCGAUCGGCACGUACCAGAACUCGGGGCUUAGUCAGUAUGUCCUUGCCAACCGCUCUGCUCCGGUCGGCAGCGAUCAGAAUCUCAUUUACGGCCCUGGGGUCAACUUCCCGGCUAAUUGGGAUCCUCGGUAUACGCUCUAUUCCGGGCUGGCCGCUUUCCCUGACCACCGGGAGGAUUACCGCGUCAAUAAGAACGGACCCCGUGUGCCGGCCAUCAACAUCACGGGCUUCUCCAACGAAGACUUCUUUGUCAACUAUGUCGAUGCUGUUACUGGGUUCAUCAUUAACGGCUCGCUUCCUGUUUCGGCGGACCAAGGCGUGCACUCUCUCACCGAUGUGCCCGUCUUCACACGCGGGCCGUGCACAGAACUGUUCUCGGGUGUCUUUAACAGCAUCGACAUCUUCUACGGUAUGGCCGAGUGUCUUGGCCUAAGCCGAACGAGCCCUUCUUGA